AACGAUGAUCACCGCGUUCUCACGAGCUCUGAAGAUUUAUCAAAACAAUGAGAAGAAUGCCAUUUAUACCGGGUUAACUACCGAAACAUGAUGUAUUAAAUGCAAGAGGGUGAUUUUGAAGUUGAAGCCUCUGUGAAGUCUAUGAAUAUAAUGGGAUUUACGAACACCUAGUUAAUUCAUUAAUCAGCGCUGUUCAAACUUUCUCAAGGUGAAGGAGAAAACUCAGCUCUUUAACAGAAGAUGUUAUAAUGGGGCUUUCUCUUUGGAUCCUGCUCUUGUUACUGCACUUCAAUGAGGGAAUUCACGGGGUACGGUUCACCAAAAACCCUUCCAACCAAACGGUGACACAGGGUAACAUGGCUCGUCUGGGCUGUGCUUUUGAGGGUUUGAGUGAACCUGAGAUCAUCUGGAUGAAGGAUGGAGAGAAGAUCUACAGCACUGAUCAGAUGUACAUCACACUGGAUGCACAUCACUGGGAGACCUUCCACAGUGUGAAAUCCGUGCAGCAGCAAGAUGCCGGGAAGUACUGGUGUGAAGUUGAAUAUCACGGCACGAUCAUUUCCUCUGAGCCUGCUUGGAUCGCAGUAGAAGGUGUGCCUCAUUUUGUGGAGGAACAAGAGGAUGUAGCUAUAUUUGCAGGGGAGCCGUUCAACUUGACGUGUGCUGCAUCAGGUCCUCCAGAACCUGUGGUGGUGUUGUGGUGGCUGGGAGACCAACAGAAGGGUGAUUUCAUGCCCUCCCCCUCAGUUCUCUUUGUUAAAGGUGUGAAUGACAGUAUAAAGUUUUACUGUGAGGCCAAGAACGCUCGAGGCAUCUCCGUGUCACGCACGGGCACAGUGUACAUUAAAGUCCGUCCUGAUUCCCCCCGGGAUGUCAAGGUACAUCAUGUGUCUGAUCUUAAUAUAACCGUAACAUGGAGUCCAGGUUUCACAGGGCACUCACAGCUUUCCACCUGCACUAUACAGGUGUCAAAGGGAUCUGGAAAGAAGGUGAAACUUCCUGAUCUGGAUGUUGUGGUUCCUCCCUUCCAGCAUGUGUUUGGGGAGCUCCACAGUUACUCAAAUUACAGUGUGAGAAUCCGGUGUGAUAAUGAGGUGGGCUCUUCCCCCUUCUCUCCCUGGGUGGACUUUCACACUCCAGAGGCAGCACCAUCAGCAGCUCCAAAGAACUUUACCUUUGAACUCAGCGAGCAGCAGCUCACUCUGUCCUGGGCGGCACUGGAACAGGAGGAGCUUUGUGGAAGGUUACUGGCAUAUAAAGUGCAGUGGAACCAGGGAGGAGAGAAUCAGGAUCCCUUACUGUUUAAGGACAACAUUGCCCGUCUCUCGGGUGCUGGGCGAUUCUUUAACGCCACCUUCCAGGUUGCUGCGUGCACAAACGCAGGAUGUGGCCCAUGGAGUCAGCCUGUUCUUGUGAUGCCCGUGUCAGCCACGCAGGCUCAGACCCAGAGGGGCCACAUAUGGGUAGGGCUUCUUUUCGGCCUUCUUGUGGCCACCAUGGUGGGACUCCUGUUGAUUGUACUGGUACGCAACAGAGGCAAAGAGACCCAGUUUGGGUCUGCAUUCGCAGCUCCAGGAACAGAAGUUCCGGUUUCCUUUACAGCUGCCAGGUCCUUCAACAGGCAGUUCCCUGAGCUCCCCGAAACCACAUUGGACAGUCUAGGAAUCAACAGUGAUUUGAAGGCCAAGUUACAGGAUGUUCUCAUCUCUGAAAGGCUCUUAACUCUGGGACGAAUGCUUGGAAAAGGUGAGUUUGGCUCUGUGAGAGAAGCUUUUCUCAAAUCGGAGAAUAACUCUGGGCAGAAGGUUGCGGUGAAAGUCCUAAAAACUGACAUUAACUCAUCCAGUGACAUUGAGCAAUGUCUGAAAGAGGCUGCCUAUAUGAAAGACUUCCAUCAUCCCAAUGUCAUUCCGCUUGUUGGUGUGAGUUUGCACAGGAGAGCCCAGCAGCGGUUACCUGUUCCUAUGGUGAUCCUGCCCUUUAUGAAACAUGGAGAUCUCCACACAUUUCUUCUCAUGUCACGUCUCGGAGAUGAACCGUUUACCCUCUCUCAGCAGAUUCUUAUCCAGUUCAUGCUGGAUAUUGCUCGAGGGAUGGAGUAUCUGAGCAACAAAAACAUCAUCCAUCGGGAUUUGGCUGCUCGUAACUGCAUGUUGAAUGAAAAUAUGAGCGUGUGUGUAGCAGAUUUUGGUCUCUCAAAGAAAAUCUACAGCGGCGACUACUAUAGACAAGGGUCUGUCUCUAAGUUGCCUGUGAAGUGGAUCGCUUUGGAAAGCCUGGCAGACAAUGUCUACACAACACAGAGUGAUGUGUGGGCAUUUGGUGUGACGAUGUGGGAGAUCAUGACUAGAGGUCAAACGCCUUACCCAGGGGUGGAGAACUCAGAAAUCUACGAGUAUCUUAUCAAAGGAGAAAGACUCAAGCAGCCUCCAGAUUGCCCUGGUGACAUUUAUGAAAUCAUGCACAGCUGUUGGUCUCCUGUCCCAAAGUGCCGUCCUAGUUUCCAACACCUCAUUGACCAGUUGGAGCUCUUGUGGGCGAAGCUGAAUCCAGCUCCUGUAAAAGAGCCGUUGCUGUAUGUGAACCUGGAGGAAGAGGAUGGAGAACAGGCCUCUGGCCCGGGCGCAGAUGUCGGGACCCGUAGUAGUGAGGAUCCCUCUUGGGGAGUUCCGUGGCAGUGUGCAGGAAUAGAGGAAGACGAAAAGGACUGGCUAAUGGUGUCAUCGGGAGCUGCUUUUGCUAUUGGUGGAGACUACAGAUACAUCAUCGGCCCACGCGGCGGCGGCAUUGAUGAAGAGAGCAGGCGCUCUGAUGAUGGCCUGUCGGAGGAUAUCAGGGACGAGGAAGAGGACAUCAUCAUUAACGUGUGAUUUGUGUUGCCCCCCC